UGAGCCGGAAGUUCUUUGUAGCCUUUUCUGAGCUUUGAAAAAGCAACAGAGCGCGCUGUAGCGACUUCUACACAAUGUCUGUGAAGCUAAACGCUCUGAACAGCGACUCAUACAUUGAAAUCAGCCAGUACAGAGACCAGCAUUUUAAGGGGAAUCGCCAUGACCAGGAAAAGCUUCUGAAGCAGAGCAAUACUUUAUAUGUCGGGAACCUCUCCUUCUACACCACGGAGGAGCAGGUACACGAGUUGUUUGCAAAAUGCGGGGAUGUCAAGCGGAUCAUCAUUGGUCUGGAUAAGAUCAAGAAGACUGCAUGUGGCUUCUGCUUUGUAGAAUAUUACACGCGGGGAGAUGCGGAGAACGCCAUGCGCUUUGUUAACGGCACGAGGCUGGACGAUCGCAUCAUCAGGACGGACUGGGAUGCCGGCUUCAAGGAGGGCAGACAGUACGGCCGCGGUAAAUCUGGAGGACAGGUAAGGGACGAGUACCGGCAGGAUUACGACCCGGCCAGAGGCGGCUACGGGAAGCUGGCUCAGAUGCAUCGAAGUACAGAGAGACCCAAUUCUUUCUAGAUGGAGUCCCAGCGGCAGUCUGCUUCGGCUGCACAAAAGUCCCGGACAGAUUCGUUAUGAGAAAGACACGACGUCCGGUUACCGACGUAACCAGGUGGACCGUUUGAUCAGAACAUUGGCACGGCAAAGCUUUGUGCUUGGAGAAUAACUAAAGAAUGCCAACUUUAGCAAAAACACUUGUCUAAUAAAAACAAGUUCAAGGAAACGGGCAAGCAUCGAUUUUAAUUUGGUGAAUUUUUGUUGUUUUUAAGUUGGAAAGAUUCCAUUAACAGAUCUCGACAAGAGGAUCUUAUUAACUCCUGAGUUGAAUUGCUUUACUUAAAUGAAACCUUGUCAGAAACUGUACCAUUUCUUUUAAUAAAAGAUUUUUAUAAAUAA